AUGCCAAUACCAAAAGCGCCCAAAGAUGCCGAAUACGUUAAACCGUUAGAUAAGGGCACCCGUCACAAUGGGCACAAGAGAAAUCAGACAACGCACCGCAACGGCCCUAAUAGCUUUCAAAUUAAAUUCAGUUGGAAGAUGACAAAAGAGUUCCCCUCCCUGUGGGGUGGCGAUUCUUUUUGUUUCAAAGUUUCAAUUUCACAAGUCAAUAUUGAACCUCAAUGUCAGGUGCGACAAUUUCCCGAUGGAUUUACUUUUGGGACCGCUUCAGCAUCCUAUCAAAUAGAAGGAGCUUGGGAUGCUGACGGAAAAACUGAAAACAUUUGGGAUCACUUGACUCAUACGAAGCCAUACAUGAUUAAAGACUCCUCGACCGGGGACAUCGCUGACAACUCAUACUACUUAUACAAAAGAGAUGUGGAGAUGCUAAGAGAGCUUGGUGUUGACAUCUACAGGUUCUCUCUCUCGUGGACAAGAAUACUGCCCAGCAGUUUCCCAGACAAAAUAAACGAAGCCGGAGUAGCAUAUUACAACAACUUGAUAAAUGAAUUACUUCAGUACAACAUCCAACCCGUGGUCACAGUGUUCCAUUGGGACUUGCCCCAGAAACUUCAAGAACUCGGCGGGUGGGCGAACCCUUUAAUUGUAGAAUGGUAUGCAGAUUAUGCACGAACAGUGUUCAAAUUAUUUGGAGAUCGAGUCAAAUAUUGGAUCACUAUAAACGAACCGCAUCAGGUGUGCCAUUAUUCGUACGGAAACGGGGCCUUAGCUCCUGCAUUGAAUAUCGAGGGAGUACCUGAAUAUAUCUGUGCUAAAAAUUUGCUUUUAGCACACGCGACCGCUUAUCACAUAUACGACCAAGCUUUUAGACCAGAGCAAAAUGGAAAAAUAUUUAUUUCGUUUAGCGCUCAUUGGUAUGAACCAUUGACAGAAAGUGACGCCGAAGCUGCCGAUGAAGCAAAUCAAUUUGAGUGGAAGCAAUAUACUCACCCAAUAUUUUCAAAAACUGGAGACUUUCCACCGGCGAUGAAAAGACGAAUACAAGCAAAGAGCGACGAACAAGGGUACAUCAGAUCUAGACUGCCUAAAUUCACACAAGACGAAAUUGAAUUCAUUCGUGGAAGUUCAGACAUUUUCGGAUUGAAUCAUUAUUUUAGCUAUUAUGUUAAUAGAAAUGAUUCUGUUAAUGGAUACUAUGAAUCUCCUUCAUUCCAUGAUGACCUAUCGGUGUUUUACACCUUGUUACAAGAGUGGAACCUUGGCGAUUCAGAAUAUAUGAAGUUUGUGCCAUGGGGGUUUUACAAGUUGUUAACAAAUAUAAGGGAGGAGUACGGAAACCCACCUGUUUUCAUCACUGAAAAUGGUUUUCCGACCCACGGCGGCUUGGACGACGACGUGCGCAUUACUUACUUAACAGAGUACUUGUCCGCCAUGUUGGACGCCAUGGACGAAGGCUCUGACGUGAGAUCUUACAGCGUUUGGAGCCUAAUGGAUAGCUUUGAAUGGGCGAUCGGAUUCACUGAAAAAUUCGGGCUGUACGAGGUGGACCACAGCUCGCCGCAACUUACGCGCACGCCGCGCAAGUCGGCGUUUUUCAUGGGAGAAAUAUUCCGAACACGCCAACUGAAGCGUUGUCUCAUUAACACACCAACACCUCUUGUUUAAUCAAUACAUAUAAUAAAUAAAGGACAAUGGUCUA